UAGAAGAAACAUGUUCGAUCUUCGCUUCCUUCCCCAUUACUGGUUAGUCCUACGUAUAUUUCCUUGAAGGAAUACUCGAAACUUGAGGGAUGCAAAAUAAGGAAGCACCCACUGCUAAGAAAGGAGGCGGAAGACCUAAAGGUUCUGGGAAGAAGUAUGAUGGGAGUAAAACAAGUCUUGGCGAGGCUGUUGAUAGUCACACAGACAGUGUUGAAGAUAUUUUUGAAGAACAAUCUGCCAGUGAAAUUGAAUAUAUGUUGGAUGAAGAAGAGCAGCCGAUUAAAAAAGGUAAAGGGAGACCUAAAAAAAUAAGGGAUGAGAAGGAGGAUGAACAGCCCAAGAGAAAUUGUGGGAGACAUCUGAAAUCUACUUAUAGGGAGGAAAAAGUGCAGUCAGUAAGGAGAAGUCUUGGGAGAUCUCCAAAUCAAGCUGUUAAUUAUAAAGAGGAUGUUAAAGAUAUAGAAGAACAAUCCGACAGUGAAGAAGAAUACACGUCAGAGGAGGAAGACCAACAGCCAUUAAAAAAAGGUAGAGGGAGACCUAAGAAAAUAAGGAAUGAGGAGAAAGAUGUACAUUCAGUAAGAAAACCUCAGAAAAAUCCAUAUGACAAGCAAGAUGUCAGUUACACAGAGGAUGAUUUCAGUUUAGAGGAUCAAUCUGACAGUGAAACUGAAUAUAUGUCAGAAAAAGAAGACAAUGAUCCAGUAAAAAAAUAUAGAGGUAGACCUAAAAAAAUAAGGGAUGAGAAGGAGCAGGAAGUACAGCCAAUAAGAAAUGGUAAGAGACAUCUGAAAUCUACUUAUAGGGAGGGAAAAAUGCAGUCAGUAAGGAAAAGUCUUGGGAGAUCUCCAAAGCCAGCUGUUAAUUAUAAAGAGGAUGUUAAAGAUAUAGAAGAACAAUCUGACAGUGAAGAAGAAUACACGUCAGAGGAGGAAGACCAACAGCAAGUAACAAAAGGUAAAGGGAGACCUAAGAAAAUAACGAAUGAAAAGGAGGAGGAGGUACAGCCAAAGAGAAACCAUGGGAGACCUCUGAAAUCUACUUAUUGGGAGGGAAAACUGCAGUCAGUAAGGAAGAGUCUUGGGAGAUCUCCAAAGCCAGCUGUUAAUUACACAGAAGAUGUUGAAGAUAUAGAAGAAGAAUCCUCCAAUGAAAGUGAAUAUAUGUCAGAGGAGGAAGACCAACAGCAAGUAACAAAAGGCAGAGGGAGGCCUAAAAAAAUAAGGGAUGACGAGGAUGAAGAACAGCCAAAGAGAAGCCGUGGGAGACCUCUGAAAUCUAUUCAUGGGGAAAAAGAAGUACAGUCAGAUAGGAAAAGUCUUGGGAGAUCACCAAAGCAAGUUGUUAAUUACACAGAAGAUACUGAAGAUAUAGAUGAACAAUCUGACAGUGAAGAAGAAUGUACAUCAGAGCAAGAAGACCAACAGCCAUUAAAAAAAGGUAGAGGGAGACCUAAAAAAAUAAGGAAUGAGGAGAAAGAUGUACAUUCAGUAAGAAAACCUCAGAACAAUCCAUUUGACAAGCAAGAUGUCAGUUACACAGAGGUUAAUUUCAGUUUAGAGGAUCAAUCUGACAGUGAAACUGAAUAUAUGUCAGAAAAAGAAGACAAUGAUCCAGUAAAAAAAUAUAGAGGUAGACCUAAAAAAAUAAGGGAUGAGAAGGAGCAGGAAGUACAGCCAAUAAGAAAUCGUAAGAGACAUCUGAAAUCUACUUAUAGGGAGGGAAAAAUGCAGUCAGUAAGGAAAAGUCUUGGGAGAUCUCCAAAGCAAGGGGUUAAUUACACAGAAGAUGUUGAAGAUAUAGAAGAAGAAUCCAACAAUGAAAGUGAAUAUAUGUCAGAUGAGGAAGACCAACAGCAAGUAACAAAAGGCAGAGGGAGGCCUAAAAAAAUGAGGUAUGAUGAAGAUGAAGAACAGCCAAUGAGGAGUCGUGGGAGACCUCUGAAAUCUAUUCAUGGUGAGAAAGUAGUACAGUCAGAUAGGAAAAGUCUUGGGAGAUCACCAAAGCAAGCUGUUAAUUACACAGAAGAUACUGAAGAUAGAGAUGAACAAUCUGACAGUGAAGAAGAAUGUACAUCAGAGGAGGAAGACCAACAGCCAUUGAAAAAAGGUAGAGGGAGACCUAAGAAUUAUAGGGAUGAUGAGAAGGAUGUACAUUCAGUAAGAAAGGGUCCCGGGAGACCUCCACAAAAUGCUAAAGAGGAAAAUCGAUCACAUGACAUGAAAAAAAGUUCUGGACGACCUCGGAAAAAUUCACAUGAGAAGCAAGAUGUUAGUUACACAGAGGAUGAUUUCAGUAUGGAAGAUCAAUCUGACAGUGAAACUGAAUAUAUGUCAGAGGAGGAAAACCAACAGUCAGUUAAAAAAGGCAGAGGGAGACCUGAAAAAAUAAGGGAUAAGGAAGAUGAAGAACAGCCAAAGAGAAACCAUGGGAGACCUCUGAAAUCUACUUACUGCAAGGAAAAAGCACUUUCAGUAAGGAAAAGUCUUGGGAGAUCUCCAAAGCAAGCUGUUAAUUACAAAGAAGAUACUGAAGAUAUAGAUGAACAAUCUGACAGUGAAAAUGAAUAUAUGUCAGAUGAGGAAGAAAUAAGGCCACUAAAAAAAGGAAGACGGAGACAUGAAAAAAUAAGGGAUGAAGAGGACAAAGAACAACCACUAAAUAGAAGCCGUGGUAGACCUCUGAAAUCUACUCAUGGGGACAAAGUUGUACAGUCAGACAGGAAAAGUCUUGGGAGAUCACCAAAGCAAGUCGUUAAUUACACAGAAGAUACUGAAGAUAUAGAUGAACAAUCUGACAGUGAAAAUGAAUAUAUGUCAGAGGAGGAAAAAUUACAGUCAGUAAGUAAAAAUCUUGGGAGAUCUCAAAUGCAAGUUGUUAGUUACACUUAUGAUGAUAAGGAUUCAGAAGAACAAUCUGAAAGUGAAGAAGAAUGUACAUCAGAGGAGGAAGACGAACAGUCAGUAAAAAAGGGUAGAGGGAGACCUAAGAAUUUAAGGGAUGAUGAGAAGGAUGUACAUUCAGUAAGAAAGGGUCCUGGGAGACAUCUGAAAAAUGCUAAAGAGGAAAAUCGAUCACAUGCCAUGAAAAAAAGUCCUGGACGACAUCAGAAAAAUCAAAAUGAGAAGCAAGAUGUUAGUUACACAGAGGAUGAUUUCAGUAUAGAAGAUCAAUCUGACAGUGAAACUGAAUAUAUGUCAGAGGAGGAAAACCAACAGUCAGUUAAAAAAGGCAGAGGGAGACCUGAAAAAAUAAGGGAUGAGGAAGAUGAAGGACAGCCAAAGAGAAGCCCAUUCAAAAAAAGUAGGGGGAGACCUAAAAGAAUAAGGGACGAAGAGGAUGAAGAACAGCCAAUAAAGAGAAGCUGUGGGAGACCUCUGAAAUCUACUUACUGUGAGGAAAAAUUACAGUCAGUAAGGAAAAGUCUUGGGAGAUCUCCAAUGCAAACUAUUAAACACACAGAGGAUUUUAAUAUUAGUAUUGAAGACCAAUCUGACAUUGAAAAUGAAAAUGUAUCAGAGGGGGAAGAAGAGCAGUCAGUAAAAAGAGGCAGAGGGAGACCUAAAACAAUUAGGGAUGAGGAAGAUGAAGGACAGCUAAAGAGAAGCCCAGUUAAAAAAAGUAGAGGAAGACCUAAAAGAAUAAGGGACGAAGAAGAUGAAGAACAGCCAAAGAAGAGAAGCCAUGAGAGACCUCUGAAAUCAACUUAUUUGAAGGAAGAAGAACAGUCAGUAAGGAGAAGUCUUGUGAGAUCUUCAAAGCAAGCUGUUAAUUACAAAGAUCAUUACACAUGGGAUGCUGAAGAUCUAGAUUGUUCUGACAGUGACAGUGAAUAUUCAGAGGAGGAAAAAGUACAGCCAAUGUGGAAAAGUCUUUGGAGAUCUCCAAAGGGGGUUGAUUACACAGAAGAUGUUGAAGAUAUAGAAGAACAAUCUGACAGUGAAAGUGAAUCUAUGUCAGAGGAGGAAGACCAACCGUCAGUAAACAAAGGUAGAGGAAGACCCAAUGAAAUAAGUGAUAAGAAUGUAAAAGAACAAUCAGUAAAAAAAGGCCGUGGGAGACCUAGAAAAAUAAGUGAUAAGGUUGAAGAAGAACCUCAAAAAAAGAGAAGCCGUGGGCUACCUCCAAAAUCCACUGAUGGGAUGGAAGAAAUAAAUUCAGUAAGAAAAUGUCCUGGGAGACCCUCAAACAGUUCUAAUUCCCCUGUGAUGAGAAAGCGAGGUCAAACAUCUACCUCUUCAGGAGAAAGAAUUCCACAGAAUGAUGAAAAUAAGAAGAGUGAAGAUCAUAAAAAGAGAAGCCCUGGUAGAACAAAAUAUGACGUUUUAUAUACUGAAAAAGCAUUAGAUAAAAAUAAUUUAUACUAUUCAGAAAAAAAGGGCAGAGGAGGACCUACAAAUUUUGAGAAGAAGCAUACUGGCAGACCAAAGAAAAUUCCCAGUUUUAAUGGUGAUGAUUCACAAGUAGAAAAUUCUGCAUCAGAAGAAGUUUUAAAACGUGGUCGAGGGAGACCUAAAAAAAAUAAUAAUAGUAUAGAUCAGACAAGUGAGGAUGACUUUGAACAAAGCAAUCAAUUUCCUAGUAAAUCAAACAAAACUCAACAUGGAGUAAUCAAAAGAGGUCCUGGUCGACCUAAAAAGGUGGCCCUGACCUUGGAUAUGACAUGUGAUGAGGAGGAUGGAACAGGUAUUGAUGUUGUCGAUCAAUCAAGGGAAUAUUCAAUAGAUGUGUUGUGUAAUGGUUGACUAGUCACAGAAGAUUAGGAUGUAAUGGUAACCCAUGCUCCAGAUUUAACAGAGAUACCCAUUUCCUAAGCCAUUCUUGUGGACAAAGCAGGCAAGGCAGCUAAAUGGGGAAUAGAACUCCUUGUGUACUGAGCAAUGUAACAUUAUUUGUGUUUGUUAAGAUUGUUAUAGUAUUUGAAUACAUGUAUACAUACUGGAACACAUAUUUGAUGUUAUAAAUAACUAAUGGUGCUCUAUUUUAAAUGCCAUUUGGCAACAAUUUGGGUAAGACCCCAUGUCACUACCUAUAAUUUUAUUUAGAUUUGUAACAGAAUUGUAUUGGCCUCCACCCUUAAUUAUGAUAUUGGUUUUUUAACAUCAAGGUUAAUUUGGAAUAGUUUUUAAUUGAAAAUUAAUUUUGUUGGUUUUAAGAUGAUAUGAACUAUUAAUAUCUAUUUAUAUUUUUGUAUAUUAUGUGUAAGGGAAAGUUAGUUUUAUCAUACAUGAUUAUUGCCAUGAUCCAGAGAGGGGGGUUCUGGGGUUGGAAAUCCCCAUUUUUUUGGACGAUCAACUUUUUUGGAUAAUCUAUGCAUUUGAAUGUGGACAUAUAGUUGGAACCCCCUUGUUCCUAGGUUGGAAUACCCGCUUUCCACCCUUUAAAUUGGCUGGAUCCGCCCCUGAUGUCCCACUGCAACAUAGCAGACACUUGGCGUUUUUUAAGGGACAUCAUCAAAAACUUAAUUUUAGAUUGUUAUAAGGUCAAUUUAAAAAGAACCACUUAAUCAAAUCAAUGGUUAGGGAAACAUAAGGUCAAUAAGAUCAUCUCCAUUUCAAAUGUUUUUGUUUUAUACUAUGUAAAAGAGGCUAAUAAUGUUCUUUUCAUUCGAUCAUCAGACUACAAAAAAAUCCAAAAUUUGUUGCAUAUGUCUGGUAAAUGUAAUGUUUUUGGAAGUAAUGAUAUUUUAAGUUAUAUAUAGGUGAUGCCAGGUGACUAAGUUUUGGAAACAUGUUGCUUCUAAUGCAUGAUCAGAGUACAGCUGAUCUAAGAUAUUGACAUUAUUUCAAUUAGAUUAUAUUUAUGUUAUCAGCUUACAGUACUUAACAAUUUUUUUGAAAUUUGAUUUCAAAUUAAUUUUAAUACAUAUUCUUUCUCUGUAUUAUGUAUAAGUAUGAGAGUUUGAUUCUGUAAUCAUUUAGUGAUACUCACUGUGAUAGAGGUUACUUCAAUUUUAACUGUUAUAUUUCUGAAUGUGAUUCACUGACUAGUUACUUUUUUUUUAUAUUCCUUUCACUUCAAACAGUGAUUUUUAAUUAUUUGUCUUUUUUUUUCUUACUUAAAAAGUUUUUAUACGACCGCAAAAGAUUUUUGCCUUUCGUAAAAUGGUAUGUCGUUGUCGUCUGCAUGCCUGAAGACACAUUUGGUGUCCGGACAAUAACUUUAGUUUAAGUGCAUGGAUCUCUAUGAUAUUUAAUAAGAAGGUUCAAUACCACAAAAAGAUUUUUGGGGAUGAUAGUUCACACUGUUUUGGAAUUAGGGGCCCAAAAGGGGCCAAACACAAGCAUUUUUCUAAUUUCAGGAUAUCAUCAUGUGUAUAAGUAUUUCAAUUGCUUAAAAAUUGUACCACAAUGUUUUAUACCAUAGAUAGAAGGUUUAGAUUGGGGUUAUGGUCCCAAAGGUUUAAAAAUUUGGGGUCAAAAAAGGGGGAAAACAAUUGUUUUUCUGGUUAAAGGACAAUUAAUACAAUUUCUAAGCAGUGUAAGGGAGGUAAGCCAAUUCCUUUGUAAAGAAUACUGUUAUACAUAUAUAUGUUUGAUUACCUCCCUUACACUGUUUGAAAGUUAUACAUUAAGAAAUGAUGAGUGUCAAGAAAUGAUUAGGUGUAAAUUAAGAAAAGGUUGUAUUUUAGACAUGUUAGAAGUUACUUUUAAUUAAUAUUUAUUUUAACCAUGACUGUAUGUCAUUUUAUGUUUUAAUAUUUUAUGAUGUAUUGAAAUGAGUAGUUAUUGUUGCAAACUCUUUUUGAGGGGAUUAAUAUUCAACGGCAUAGUGUAUAACUGCUCAAAACCAAACAUUUUUUUUAAGGUUUAUUAGACCACAUUCGUUCUGUGUCAGAAACAUAUGUAGUGUCAACUAUUUAAUCACAAUCCAAAUUCAGAGCUGUAUCAAGCUUGAAUGUUGUGUCCAUACUGCCCCAAACUGUUCAGGGUUCGACCACUGCAGUUGUAUAAAGCUGCGCCCUUCCGAGCAACUGGUUAAGAUUAUUGUGUAAUCUUUUACUACAUGCAUUUUUUAUUUUGACUGUUUUAUUAAAUCUGUUUCAGAAACUA